AUGAGUAUCGACUCUUGUGUUAGUUUUGGCGUCUAUAAUACCCCUCCAUCAGUAUCAUAUACCGCUUAUCAAGAUCUUCAAGACACAUCUGCAAACGCUGGAACUCUAGUCACUGAAAACUAUGUUAUUUUAAAUUUACUUGGUUCGGGUGGGUUUGCUUCGGUUUACAAGGCUGAAUCCAAGCAAGAUCAAGAUCUUUAUGCUAUCAAAGUCAUGCUACGCGUUCACAAAACAUACGAUUUUAUGAACAUUAUCGUACAGAUUCAAAUUAUCAUCUUAUUCUUGAAUUAG